AGGAACUGAACCGGAGCCGUGACCUCGUACCAUGUAGUUUCACGCCCACCGCGCUUCAGCUACACGCUAGGAGGAGGUCGUUUUACGAAACACAUACGUGGCUCUCUCCCAUUGGCUCAACGCACGUAGAACACGAUUUUAUUGGUUAGAACAACUCGACGCCACCCGGCCCAAGAUCUAUAAAUACCUCAGUCUCCAGAUUAGCUCCAAAUCUGAUUAACCACUCUCUCGUUCGUCGAAACUUAUUAGGGUUUCAGCUCGACGAUUCGCAGUCGUGCGGAUCUCAGAUCUCGCGGAUUACUGCAGCAGAAGCGGUGGGGGGUCGGAGUUCAGUGAUGGGAGAAGGAAAUCGGAGGGUCGGCCUGCAAUUUGGCAUUCUGCUGCUGUUCGGUUUCUUCGCGUCGGCCCAGCUCUGCGCUGCGUCCGAUCCGAUAUUUUACGAGUCGUUUGAUGAAUCGUUUGAGGGGAGCUGGAUCGCGUCUGAGAAGGGGGAUUACCAAGGCACAUGGAAACAUGCAAAGAGCGAGGGACAUGAUGACUAUGGACUUCUUGUGAGUGAGAAGGCCAGGAAGUUUGCGAUAGUGAAGGAGCUCGAUGAGCCUGUGAAGCUCAAGGAUGGAACUAUUGUCCUUCAGUUCGAAACUCGCCUCCAAAAUGGACUCGAGUGCGGCGGUGCAUAUUUGAAAUAUCUCCGACCUCAGGAAGCUGGGUGGACAGCUAAGGGGUUUGAUAACGAGUCUCCUUACUCCAUCAUGUUUGGACCUGAUAAGUGUGGGAUCACAAACAAGGUUCACUUUAUUCUAAAGCAUAAAAACCCCAAGAGUGGAGAGUAUGUUGAACACCACCUCAAGAAUCCACCCUCUGUGCCAUCUGACAAGUUAACCCAUGUCUACACUGCUAUUCUGAAGCCUAGUAAUGAGUUGAGAAUCCUCAUCGAUGGUGAAGAGAAGAAGAAGGCUAGUUUCCUCUCUUCAGAGGAUUUUGAGCCAGCACUUAUUCCUGCUAAGACGAUCCCUGACCCAGAUGACAAGAAGCCUGAGGAUUGGGAUGAGAGGGCAAAAAUUCCAGAUCCAGAUGCAGUGAAACCAGAUGACUGGGAUGAGGAUGCCCCGAUGGAGAUUGAAGAUGUGGAAGCUGUAAAACCCGAAGGAUGGUUAGAUGAUGAGCCUGAAGAGAUUGAUGAUCCUGAGGCAACAAAACCAGAAGAUUGGGAUGAUGAGGAAGAUGGUGAAUGGGAGGCACCAAAGAUUGACAACCCUAACUGUGAGACAGCUCCUGGUUGUGGGGAGUGGAAGAGACCAAUGAAGAGUAAUCCGGCUUACAAGGGAAAAUGGCACGCACCACUUAUUGACAACCCUAACUACAGGGGUAUUUGGAAACCUCAGCAAAUUCCAAACCCCAACUACUUUGAACUUGACACGCCUGAUUUUGAGCCCAUUGCUGCAAUCGGCAUUGAGAUUUGGACAAUGCAAGACGGUAUUUUGUUUGAUAAUAUUCUGAUAGCUGGUGAUGAGAAAGUUGCAGAGUCAUACAGGGUGACUGCUUGGAAACCAAAAUUUGAAGUUGAGAAAGAGAAGCAGAAGGCUGAGGAAGCAGCUGCUGGAGCUUCGGAUGGUCUCAAGGGCUUCCAGAAGGCAGUGUUUGAUGCCCUCUACAAGAUUGCUGAUGUUCCUUUCUUGAGUGAACAUAAGGCUAAAAUUCUGGAUCUCAUCGAGAAGGCAGAGAAACAACCAAACAUCACAAUUGGCGUCAUUGUCUCCAUCGUGGUGGUUGUGUUAACGGUUUUGUUCAAGAUUCUUUUUGGUGGGAAGAAACCAGCAAAAGUGAGUGAGAAGACAAGUACCCCAGAAGUAGCCGAGACUUCUGACAAUCAAGGGAUUAGCGAAGACAAGCAAGAGCAGAAUGAGAACGAAGACGCUGCUGCUCCUCCUCGUCGAAGGAACACCAGGCGUGAGACUUAGAGAGAGAGAAAGAGGGAGAGAGUUGAUAGUAUCGUUAGCUUCACUUUUGGUAGAAUUUGUUCAAAUUGUCUCCUAAGCUGAAUUUUUCUCUCAAAAUCACAAGGUCUGCAAUUUUUUCUUCUUCUUGGUAUUCAGGUUUGUUUUAGACAAUGGAUGUAAUGAGAUUGUAAAUGUGAUGAUCUAUCGGAUUCUAAUAGGUCACUUCUUUUCCUGCACUAAAUGGAAACGUAUUAUGCGGAUUUGAAGA